GACUGGAGAGCUGAUGUAAAGUGCCCGGUGUAACACUCUUACCGACACUGCAAGCAUAAAGACAUAACAGCAAGAUGCUCCGCCAUCAACUAAACCCAGUAUCAUGGGCCGACACAGUCCUCCGGGCUCUCAUCCCGAGCUUCAUAGCCGACGCCAUUUUCUCUGAUCAUAGGAAAGCGACCCGACUACACCCAACUUCGUACCUCGACGGCCUACGCGGCAUAGCCUCCGUGAUCGUCUUCUUCUGCCACUAUACCGAGGACAACUACAACUCUCUGACACGCUCCUACGGCGUCGCCGACAAUGACCGCCCAGAAACGGCCACGACAGGGUGGAUUCAGCUCCCGUUCCUACGCAUCAUCUUCUCCGGGCGGCCCAUGGUGCACAUCUUCUUUGUCAUCUCCGGCUUUGUGCUCUCGUACAAACCCAUCAAGGCCAUCCACGCCCGCGACUUUGACAAAUGCUAUGUCACUCUCAGCUCGUCGACCUUCCGCCGCGCGUUCCGCCUCUUUGGCCCCUGCGUGGCCUCGACCUUCAUGAUCAUGUGUUUGCAGCAGAUGGACCUUUACCCUGGGCGGAACCCGCGCGCAUCGUGGACCGAGCAGCUGAUGGUCUGGAAGCGCGUCGUCUUCACGCAGAUCACCUGGCCGUGGGCCUGGGACAAGGACAUGAUGCCCGGCUACGACAUCCAUCUGUGGACGAUCCCGAUCGAGUUCGCGCACUCCAUGCUGCUCUUUAUGGUAAUCCUCAUGCUGGCGCGCACCAAGCUGCGCAUCAGGCAGAUGAUGGUUUUGGGGUUGAUGGGGUACUGCCUCAGCUGCGGCAAGUGGGCCGGGUUUGAGUUCCUGGCGGGCCUGUUCCUUGCGGAGGUGCAUGUGCUGAAGAGCGCAAGGGAGCAGCAGAACAAGGAAUGGGAGUCGGUGGCGCAGGAGGAGGAUGAUGAUGAUUUAGACAAGUAUGGCCAUCGGGAGGUCAGGCAGGGCGGCGGGCUUGUUAGUCUGUCGACGCUGAAGACCAUAUCUUGCAUCUCGCUGGUCAUCUUGGGAUUGUUUGUCGGCGGUUGGCCUAAUCACUAUGCGGACAAGACGCCGGGGAUCCGGUGGUUUUUGGCAAAGACGCCCAUGCCAUUCGCAAAGAUGGACCAUCUCGCCCCGCAAAAGUUUUGGUUCGGUCUUUGUGCGAUAGGAACGGUCUGGGCUGUCGGAGAGCUUCCGCUCCUCAAACGCUUCUUCGAGGGUUCGCUAGCGCAGUAUUGCGGGCGCAUCAGCUAUGCGAUCUACAUUUGCCAUGGGCCGGUUCUAGGACUCUUCCAGGCUUAUGUCUUUGGCAGCCCGUUUGUGCCGGCUCAGGGCGAACCUGGCACGGAUGACUAUAAGGUAGCUGUUGAGGCGCACGGGAUCAAGGGAAUGAUGGGCAUGGAGAACACGACGCAAAAGACAAUGGGCUGGUUUUUGGGAUUGUGCGUGCUUGGGCCCGUUGUUGUAUGGGCGGCUGAUAUCUUCAUGAGGGCGAUUGACGAGCCUAUUGUCCGGAUAGCAAGGAAGAUGGAAAACGUUUGUUUGGACAGGGAAGCUCAGCCGGAUCAGCGACCCGGUGGGAGACGACUGGAGCCGGGAUAUUCGCAGGCUGCAUAA